AUGCUCCCAUUCAUAUCAUUCCCCCAUCCCCGUGCGCCCAUCCCCCGUGCGCCCAUCCCCGUGCGCCCAUCCGCCGUGCGCCCAUCCGCCGUGCGCCCGUCCCCCGUCCAUGCGCGUGUCGUUCCGCUGGCAGGCCAAGGAGGUGCUCGUCUAUCUGCUCUCGUCCGAUGUCUUCCUGCAGCAGGUGCGUGCCCGCUGACUUGUGUGGCGACCCAGCCUGGCGUGCCAGCUGGCAUCACGGGGACGGAGUUCACUGGCGAGCUCUUCACGCCUGUGCCGUGGAGCCCCACCACGCGCUUCGGCAUGCCUCAGGAGCUGGAGAAGUACAAUGACGACAAGGAUAACUACAUCAUCAUCAACGUGCCGCCCAACUUCAUGUUCAAAGCACAGAUUUUCAAGCCUUCGCGUCUGUGUGCGAUCUUCAAGGUUUUGAGAGACCAACCAGCGGGCCAGGAGGAGGGUACACAAGCAUCGUCGUAA